AGCUGUUCUGCGUCGCAGUUCGUUACCGGCAUGUCUGCAGGGAGCGUAAUAAAAUCGCGCAUUGAACUGCGGAAGCACUUCACAAAACAGACGGCGGUAUGGAUGGCAGAGCGCCGCCUAGCAAUCGCCGCCACAGGGACCGCGGCAGGACUUCUGCCGCAGCAGCGCCGCCCGCGGCAGUCCGCCAAACUACCUCGCCUGGUGAUGCCGCCAUCUCCCACACACAGAGGUGGUCUCGCUACGAGAACGACAAUCGCCUGAUCCGUGCAGCUCAGAAGGGGGCGGUGGUUGAACUUCAGACGCUGCUGGCAGCAGGUGCAGAUGUGAAUGCAAAAGAUGAGGACGAGAGGACUGCCCUACACUGGGCAGCAGGAAGAGGAUACCUCGAUGCUGUGAGGUGUCUGCUGGACAGUGGAGCACAGGUGGAUGCCAUGGACAGGUGGCAGACUGUUCCUCUCCACUGGGCUGCCCGGAAGGGCCACGUGUCUGUUGUACGGCUGCUGGUGACAUCUUGUUCUCACCCCAAUGUGAAGGGCCAACGUGGGUGGACGCCACUGCACUGGGCAGCUGGAUGUGGCUACACAGGUGUGGCGACUGUGCUGCUGGAGACGGGGGCGGAUGAGGAGCUCAGGGACGAUGAGGGGGACACGCCUCUGCACCUGGCUGCACAGAGGGGCCACACGGCCGUGUUGCAGCUGCUGCUGGCGUCCUCUCCUCAACCCGACGCGAAGGGGCGGCGCGGACGGACGCUACUACACUGUGCUGCGGCAAGUGGCCACACGGAGGUGGUGACUGUGUUGUUGGCAGCGGGUGCAGAUGUAAGUGCCAAAGACGAGGACGAGAGGACUGCCCUGCAUUGGGCAGCAGGCAGGGGGAACGUGGAGGUUGUGAAAUGUCUCCUGGACAGAGGAGCAAAGGUGCGAGAAGUGGAUAAGUACAAUACUGUACCUCUGCACUGGGCUGCACGGGAGGGCCACACGGCUGUGGUGCAGCUACUGCUGGCGUCCUCCCGCCGCCCCAAUAGGAGAGGGGCAAAUGAAUGGACACCGUUACACUGGGCGGCAGCAGGUGGCCACACAGAUGUGGUGACUAUUCUGUUGAAGGCAAGAGCAGACAGAGAGCUCAGAAAUGAUGUGGGAGACAUACCUUUGCACUUGGCUGCACAGAAGGGCCACACAGCUGUUGUGCAGCUACUGCUGUCACCUUCUAAUCCCAACGUGAGAGGACAGCACCAGUGGACGCCACUACACUGUGCUGCAGCAAAUGGCCACGCAGAAGUGGUGAGUGUGCUGCUGGCGGCAGGUGCAGAUGUGAAGGCCAAGGAUGAGGACAAGAGAACUGCCUUACACUGGGCAGCCGGAAGGGGGUACCUGGAUGUGGUGAGGUGCCUACUGGACAGUGGGGCACGGGUGGAAGCAAUGGACAAGUGGAAAACUGUGCCUCUACACUGGGCUGCACGAAAGGGCCACACUGCUGUGGUGCAGCUCCUGAUGUUGUCCUCCCCUCACCCCAAUGUAAGGGGAGGAAAUGGAUGGACACCAUUGCACUGGGCGGCAGCAGAUGGCCACGCAGGUGUGGUGACAGCGCUGCUGGAGGCAGGCGCAGAUAGAGAGCUCAGAGAUGAUAAGGGGGACCUACCUCUGCACUUGGCUGCACAGAAAGGCCACGUGGCAGUGGUGCAGCUACUGUUGGCGUCGUCCCCUAACCCCAAUGUGAGGGGCCAGCGAGGGUGGACGCCACUGCACUGUGCAGCAGCAAAUGGCCACGAAGAGGUGGCGGCUAUGCUGGUCGAGUCUGGCGCAGACAAGGGGCUCGAGGAUGACAACGGGGACACUGCCCUAGACCUUGCUAGGCUGUCGAACUACCUGGAGUCGAUAGAGAUGUCAAAAUAAAACUCACAACAGUAUCACAUAAAAAUGUUUUUUUUAAUAAGUAUUGUUAAAUUACUUUAAAGUCAGUACCGCCAUUAGACUUUUUUAUUUG